UCUUUUGAAACGGAAGGUGUAUUAUUUUUUUGAAGUUACAGGUCACAAGAGGUAUCUGAAUACAAUCAUUAAUGCAACUCGUACACAGACGGGACCUCAACACCACACAACGGUGGGAAAACAUCAGUGCACGCAAGCGAGAACGCCCUGCUUGCCAAAGGGAAUCGAACCUAAUACUUCUCACAAAGGAGAGUCUUUGAGUGCCCCAACUUUACCACUUGAGCAAGGCCUCAUUGGCACGAAAAAUGUAUUAUUAAUACUACAAUAUUCAAAUACCGAUAAGCUAAGUACAUAACAGGUGUGACUUUUUCAUGAUGGAAUAACAUAAAAUUGAUGUGCAUAACUCAGAAUUUUGACCAAAGGUACAACCUAUAUCUCUACAGUAGUACUAAGACCAGAAAAGCAAUUGACAUUUGAGUCCUCUUCUCCCAGCAGCAGCAGCCGUCUUUGGACACGGUCUUCCCCUUUUAAUUCACACUCAUCCACUGCUUCAACUUUUUUCUGUUUCAGUCAAACUACCAAACGCGUUCAACUCUAAACUUACAUAAUUUCCACUUUCUUAUUACACCAUAUGUUUUUUUUAUUUAAUUCCAUUAAUUUAAUCUUAGUUGCAUUGCAUCGCAACAAUUAUUCGUUCCUCCCCCACUUUCCUAGCUACUUCUUUCUCUCUCAUCACCCUGUAUAAAAACGCCUUCACUCCUCUCCCACCUUCAACAAAUUCAAUCAACUCAAGCUUAUCCAAAGCCUCGAAUUUUCCGGUCUCCGACAUGGUUUCCGACAACCUUAAAAGCGACGGCGGCAAGCCUAUAAAGAUCCGAGAAGUGUGGUCUGACAACCUCGAAUUGGAAUUCGAGCUCAUCUCCGACCUAAUCGAUCAAUUCCCCUUCAUUUCCAUGGACACGGAGUUCCCCGGCGUAAUUUUCAAGCCGGCGCCGGCUGGGAACCGGCGCGGACCGCGGCGGCCCUCCGCGGCCGACCACUACCGGCUGCUGAAGUCCAACGUGGACGCGCUGAACCUGAUCCAGCUCGGCAUCACGCUCUCCGACGCCGCCGGGAACCUCCCCGACCUCGGCGGCGAGCAGCGCUUCAUCUGGCAGUUCAACUUCGCGGACUUCGACGCGGCGCGUGACCCGCACGCGCCGGACUCGAUCGAGCUGCUGCGGGCCCACGGGAUUGACUUUGAGCGGAACCGGACCGAGGGGAUCGACUCGGCCCGGUUCGCGGAGCUGAUGAUGAGCUCCGGCCUGGUCUGCAACGAGGCGGUGAGCUGGGUCACGUUCCACAGCGCGUACGACUUCGGGUACCUGAUGAAGGUUCUGACGCGCCGUCCGCUCCCAGGCGGCCUCGGCGAGUUCACGGCGGCGCUCCGGGCGUUCUUCGGGAGCAACGUGUACGACAUCAAACACCUCAUGCGGUUCUGCGAGAGCCUGUACGGCGGUCUGGACCGGGUGGCCCGGGCGCUGGACGUGGACCGGGUGGUCGGGAAGUGCCACCAGGCCGGCUCGGACAGCCUGCUGACGUGGCACGCAUUUCAGAGGAUGAGGGAUUUGUAUUUCGUGGAGCGGCAGCACGAGAAGCACGCUGGGGUGCUCUACGGAUUAGAAGUCUAUUGAUUAAUUAGAACAAAUAAUUCCUGAUUUAAUUAGGAUGGAUCAUGGAGAUUGUUGAUAUUUAAUCAAUGAUUCAAUUAAUUCUUUUUAAGAAAA